UCCCUGGAAAUUAAAGCCAGUCCUAAAGUGCGAGCUUUCAUUGGUGAACAAGUAUCUCUGAAAUGCUCAUUCAAAUCCAGUUCUCCCAUCACUGACAGCCUGACGAUAGACUGGACAUACCGGCCGCUCACAGGUGGUCAGAUGGAGGCAAUUUUUCAUUAUCAGUCUGUUCCAUACCCAACAACAGUGGGAAAGUUCAAAGACAGGAUAUCCUGGGUUGGCAAUGUUGCCAAGGGUGAUGCUUCCAUUGCUAUCCAAAGCCCAGUGGUGGGCGACAAUGGGACGUUCAUCUGCAGUGUGAAGAAUCCUCCAGACGUGUACCAUAACAUUCCCCAGACAAUGCUGACGGUUACGGAGAGGGGCCUUUCCUUCCAGCUAACUUCAGCGGUGCUGCUGUCCAUUUUAGUGUUUCUCCCUUCCGUCAUUGUGGUCGUUCUGCUGUUGGUAAGGAUGGGAAGGAAAUUUGGAGUGCUAAAGGAGAAAAAAAAAUCUGGCUGUAAGAAAUCCUCCAUCGAAGUACCUGAACAUUCAGAGGCAGACAACUGCUUGGGGAAGCUCAGAAACUGGUGUCUGAACUGUGUGGACACGGAUGAGGAAGACCCAUACUGA